GUUUAAAGUGUGUGAAAUGUGUAGCGCUUCAUGAAAAUAGCUGAUCUCAAGUCGGCGUUUGUGAAUUAAAAGGGGUUCCUUUCGGUGAAUGGCAAGUUUUCUCUACUUUUCAAUCGGGCUCGCUGUGCGUGAGUUGGGAUGUGUUCCACGCCAACCGGCCUCUUCUCAACGAGUAGUUUGUGAUUUGGUUUAAAUUGAAGUAGAAAGUCAUUGAAGGACUUAUCUGCCAUGCCGACAUGCUAACAAUAGCAAGUUUAGCUUUGCCACCCACUAAUGGUUCUCACACACACACACACACACACGACCCACUUCCAACUCUUAGUUGAAAAGUGUAAAUAUUGAUAUGUAUUUAUUCGGGAUUUCACAGUGAAAUCUCAGUACUUGUGUAUAUUUCCAGGAGACUUGUUGAGUUCAGUGGCGUGAAACUUGAAUCAGCUGUAAAGUGUUAGCAUAGUUAGCUAAUUGUGUUGAAGCUUCCAGGAGACACGAGGUGGCUCGAGCCGAGAGGUGAGUCACUGAAUGGGGGACAUUCCCACGAGAGAUUGCUCCGCGGCUCCGUGCUAAACUACCUUAUACGGACACAUGUAUACACACACUUGUCAACAAAAGUCACAUUUUCACCCAAUCCAACCAUUUCAUCACUCUGGGACACCGAAGUGCCCGCAGUAGCGGCUAGUUUUAUUGGACGAAUGGGACAGAGGAGGGGGGGUGUAGUGAGGCCAGGCGGUCAUCUCAUAACAACCGUGCUGUUUGCGGAUGUUUUACCUCCCGUUUCACUCUCUUGAAUUUCUUCAAUAAUAUUCGGGAAAAGUCUCGCCUCGGACCACACUUGGCCGAGGUGCAUGCUCGAGUAAAAGCCUAAUAAACAAGGCUAGUUCGGAACGACGUGCGAAACGCCACUAAUUAGCCUCGCUAGCCGCUGGAGGUUAGCCAGCAUAAGUUGAGCUAGCAUGUUAGCCUCAUUGUGUACUUAUGAGCCCCCAGUUCAGGGCACUUAACCGCAGGAUGCUUCGCUCUCGGGGAAUUAUAGCUAUCGCAUCUCUGCGAUUACUUUUGGCCAGUUGACGAAAUAAGUUGGAAUCUUAAAGAGGACCAUGGAAUAGCAAGAUAGCAGCUAGCUGUCGAACUCGUUGCGGCACCAGAGAACUCCUUCCACCCACUCCCCCUUCGUUGGUGCCCCCGCCAAACAUGGCGGACCCAGGGAUGUUGAGUUUAUUUGGGGACGAUGCGGGGCUGUUCUCGGAUGGAUUAGAUGGUUUAGGAGACUGUUUUCCUCAACAGCCUGCCCCUGGCCAAUCCAACGCUCUAGCCCAGCCGACGAAUCCCCCUCUCAACCACGAACACCAGGGAAACCGGGGUUACCACCAGAGCAUGCUCCUUGGUUCUGGGAGCACGCAGCCCAAAUUGGGCCAAAUGUACGAGCACAGCACGUACGCGGGCUACGAUCAGGCCAGUGCUCCUGCAGGGAGAAUGGUGGCUCAGAAUGGUCCUAGCCAGGGGCCACCAAAUAUUAAUGCAACCAUGAAUGGCAUGGCUUCCCACUACCAUAAUAACCCUGCUAACACUAGUAACACCCAUCAUGGGUAUCCCAGUGAUGCAGGAGGAGCAGCAUCGGGGGGUGGUGUUUGGGGCCAGCAGCACCAAAGCAGAUCAGCAUAUCAACAGGCUGCCACACAAGCAGGGAGUGGCCCCAACCAGAUGGGCACUUUCCAAAUGUCUCAAAGCAACUAUGGCAGGAUGCAAGGCCAACCCACAUCCAACGCAGCGCGCAUCGGCCAACGCUACCCUACACAGAGUCUGGCAGCCCCUCCUACGCAGGACCCGUCUCACUACAUGGGACAUGUUGGAAUGGUGGGGGGUCAAAUGAGACACCCUCAGCCACAAAGCCAGGGUUACCCCAACAUGAGUCACACACCGAGAUACCCACAUUCUCCCUCCCGACAGCCUCCACACGCUCACCAACAUCCGCAAGGAAUGGGUGGGUUUGGGGGUGCCCAGUACCCUGGCUAUCAGCCCCAGUAUGGCGCCAUGGGGUCUGGCAUUGGCCAGGGUGCCAGUGCUAAUGUCACUAGCAACACCAGCCCUCCAAUAGGACCGGGACAACUUGGCCAAAGGUUUAACCAGGGAUCAGGCCCAGCUUCUGGGCAACAGGGGCAGCGAUACCCACCUGGACCGCCUCACCAGACACAUUCUGUCCCCAUGCAGGCAGCAGGGCAGCAGAGCCAGCCUAUGCACCCACUUAGCCACUCCCAGCCCCCAAAUCAGUCCCAGUCCCAGCUCGCACCCCCAGCUCAGGGAACCUACCCCUCCCCCUCACCACUGUCCCCCAUGCGGGUUUUGGGAACCCCCACGCCUCCACCCCAACACGGCAGGCCUCCUAGUGCAGGCUUAACGGAGGUCACAGGGUAUGCAGCCCUGCAGUCUACUAACUCACAUCCUCAGAGACCCCCCCAAACCUCACUGUCUGCUCCACAUGCCCAACACCAGCAGACCCACAGCAUACCCAAUGCCGGACAGAUGUAUCCCGGCCUGGGGCCCCAACGUGGUCCCCAUAUGGGCCCAAAUCGGCCACAACAAGGGCCCCAUGAAGCCCCUGUCGGCCAGGGCGGGGAUCCGCAUCUUCUUCAUUCCCAGCAGCAAGCCUCUAGAAGCGGCCAGCCCGUGCAGCCUUCUCCCAUGGCUUUCCAGGGUCCAUCUGUCAGCCAGCGUGGAGCACUUCCCAUGAGCCAGCACACUCACCUGUCCCCCCACCCCUUACAAAGCACGCCCCCUGCCCCCAACCAGGCCUCCCACCAGUGGGCACCGCCGCCGUCUGCCACCCAACAGCUCUCCUCACCCCCCAGCACCCCACAGAAAGUGCCUCAUAUGCAGCAUUCCCCCUCGGACGCAUCUGCCGACACCGUGAUGGUGGCUGCUGACAGAUCCACUGGCGGUACCGGCGACUCCAAUCAGCCUAUCAGCACGGAGCAGCCCGAUGGCAAGGAAAGUAAACCAAAAAAGAAGAAGAAAAGGAAAACAAAAGCAGAGGAUGUAGAAGAGGGGAAGAAGAACACGACAACGGGAGACGACGACGUCAAGUCGGAACUUCCCGUCCUGGGGUGUGAGCAGGGCAUUGGCGUGGGAACUGGAGACGGGGGUUCCCCACCUGCUGAGGAGAAGAAAAAACGCAAAAAGAAACCAAAGGAGAAGGCAGAGGGCAGUGAGCCCAAGACCCCCAGGACGCCUAAAACACCCAAGAACCCUAAGACUCCCAAAGAGCCUAAGGAGAAAAAAGUCAAGAACCCCACACCCAAGGCCAAGACCCCCAAAAAAUCCAGUAGUAGCAAGAAGACGGUGGAGUCUGAAGACGGCGCCGUUGCUGCCAAGAAGGACUCCAAAAGGAAGCGACAGGGCUCGGCCAGUGAAGAUGCGGAGGUGAAGUCUCCGCCUGCCUCACCUGUGGAAGAGGAGGAUGAGGAUGGUGUGCAGAAGCGGCGCUCCAGCCGCCAGGUAAAGAGGAAGAGGUACACAGAGGACUUGGAGUUUCGGAUCUCGGAGGACGACAACAGCGGGGACGAGUCGCCUGCGCCCAAGUCACCGUCUUUAUCAACGCAGCUGCAGGACGUGGCUGAGGCUGAGGGGCCAGUUGUGGAGAAGAUCAUGGGCGUGCGCACUGCCAAGAAACAGCUGGAGUCUGGGGAGGAAGCGGAGGUUCAGGAGUUCUAUGUCAAGUUCAAGGGCUUUUCUUACCUCCACUGUCGUUGGGCAGAGCUGGAAGAGCUGGAGAAAGACAAGAGAAUACAGCAGAAGGUGAAAAGGUUCAAGGCCAAGCAACAACUCAACAACUUUAUCACUGAGAUGGACGAUGAGCCUUUCAACCCGGACUAUGUGGAGGUAGACCGCGUCCUGGACGUUUCAGAGAGCACAGAUGAAAACGGCGAGACGGUGAGCUUAUAUUUGGUGAAAUGGUGCAGUCUACCUUACGAAGACUCCACCUGGGAACUCAAGGCGGAUAUUGACCAGUCAAAAAUUGAGGAAUUUGAACGCAUUGCAGCUCGCACGCAAAACACUGCCAGAGUGGAUCGGCCUCAGGCUUCUGAGUGGAAAAAGUUAGAAGGCUCAAGGGAAUACAGGAACGGCAACGCACUCAGGGAAUACCAGCUAGAAGGCCUCAACUGGCUAACCUUCAACUGGUACAACUCACGUAACUGUAUAUUGGCUGAUGAGAUGGGUCUGGGAAAAACCAUCCAGUCCAUUACAUUCCUCUACGAAAUCUACAUGAAGGGCAUUCAGGGGCCCUUCCUGGUCAUCGCCCCGUUAUCUACCAUUCCCAACUGGGAGAGAGAGUUCCGGUCUUGGACAGAGCUCAAUGCUGUGGUCUACCACGGCAGCCAGGCCAGCCGCAGAACCAUCCAAGCCUAUGAGAUGUACUUCAGAGAUGCACAGGGUAAGAUAAUAAAGGGGGCGUAUCGCUUCCACGCUGUGAUCACCACCUUUGAGAUGAUUCUGGCCGACUGUCCGGAGCUUCGCGGCAUCCCAUGGCGCUGUGUGGUUAUAGACGAAGCCCACCGCUUGAAAAACCGAAACUGCAAACUGUUGGAAGGACUCAAGUUGAUGGACAUGGAGCACAAAGUUCUGUUGACAGGAACUCCCCUUCAAAACACUGUGGAGGAGCUUUUCAGCUUGCUCAACUUCUUGGAGCCAGAGCGCUUCCCAUCGGAACAAACGUUUAUGACUGAAUUUGGAGACCUGAAGACUGAAGAACAGGUUCAAAACCUGCAGGGCAUUCUCAAGCCCAUGAUGCUGAGAAGACUAAAGGAGGAUGUAGAAAAGAACCUGGCCCCUAAGGAGGAGACCAUCAUUGAGGUGGAGCUUACCAACAUCCAGAAGAAGUACUAUCGAGCCAUUCUGGAGAAGAACUUUUCCUUCCUGUCUAAAGGAGGUGCAGGAGGAGGCGGUGGGAGUGGUGGAAGCGGGUCUAGUGUCCCCAACCUCCUCAACACUAUGAUGGAGCUAAGGAAAUGUUGUAACCACCCAUACCUCAUUAACGGAGCUGAAGAGAAGAUCAUUGAGGAGUUUCGGGACGCCCACGUGGGAGCAGACAUGCCCGACAUGGCCCUUCAAGCAAUGGUCCACGCUGCCGGGAAGCUGGUGCUCAUUGACAAGCUGCUGCCCAAGCUGAAGGCGGGUGGGCACCGAGUCUUAGUUUUCAGUCAGAUGGUCCGCUGUCUGGACAUCUUGGAGGAUUAUCUCAUCCAGAAACGCUAUCCCUACGAGCGUAUUGAUGGCAGAGUUCGUGGUAAUUUGCGACAAGCUGCAAUCGACCGGUUCUCCAGACCAGAUUCGGACCGCUUUGUCUUCCUGCUGUGCACGAGAGCUGGCGGACUCGGCAUUAAUCUGACCGCUGCAGAUACCUGCAUUAUCUUUGAUUCUGACUGGAACCCUCAGAACGACCUGCAGGCCCAGGCAAGGUGUCAUCGUAUUGGCCAGUCCAAAGCAGUCAAAAUCUACCGACUGAUCACCAGGAACAGUUACGAGAGGGAGAUGUUCGACAAGGCCAGUCUGAAGCUGGGUUUGGACAAGGCUGUCCUCCAGAGUAUGAGCGGGCGUGAGAAUGCCAACAGCGGGGUCCAGCAAUUGUCCAAGAAAGAAAUUGAAGACCUACUGAGAAAAGGAGCAUAUGGCGCUCUUAUGGAUGAGGAGGAUGAAGGCUCCAAAUUCUGUGAGGAAGACAUUGACCAGAUCCUUCAGAGACGCACCCACACCAUCACCAUCGAGUCUGAAGGCAAAGGCUCCACCUUUGCCAAGGCCAGUUUUGUUGCACCCGGUAACAGGACAGACAUUUCUCUGGAGGAUCCAGACUUCUGGCAGAAAUGGGCUAAGAAGGCAGAACUGGACCUGGAUGCCAUCAAUGGACGGAACACGCUGGUGAUCGACACGCCGCGAGUAAGGAAGCAGACGCGGCACUACAGCAGCGUGAAAGAGGACGAGAUGAUGGAGUUCUCAGAGCUGGAGAGCGAAGAGGAUGAACCCAGUCGGCCGGUGUCCAAACCGCGACGGCCCCAAGACAGAGCUCAGGGCUACCCGCGAUCCGAGUGCUUCAGGGUGGAGAAGAACCUACUAGUCUACGGGUGGGGUAGGUGGAGUGACAUCCUGGCUCACGGUCGCUUCAAGCGCCCCCUGAAAGAGGCUGACGUGGAGACGAUCUGCCGAGCCCUUCUGGCUUACUGCUUAUUGCAUUACCGUGGGGACGAGAACAUCAAGAGCUUUAUCUGGGACCUGAUAACCCCGAGUCAAGAUGGCACCACCAAGACGCUGACCAACCACUCUGGUCUGUCUACACCGGUGCCUCGAGGCAGAAAGGGCAAAAAAGGAAAAGCCACAGCGCCAGCCCCGCAGACACCAAGAGCAGAUUGGCUCGCCAGCUGUAAUCCCGACCAUCUACUGCAAGAGGACAGCUACAAGAGACACUUGAAGCAUCACUGUAACAAGGUGUUGCUGAGGGUGAGGAUGCUGUAUUAUCUGAGACAGGAGGUUAUUGGAGAUCAGGCUGAACGCAUCCUGGAUGGUGCUGACUCAAGUGAGUUGGAUAUCUGGAACCCCCAGCCAUUCCAUGCAGAGGUUCCCACAGACUGGUGGGACAGCGAGGCAGACAAAUCGCUGCUCAUUGGUGUUUUCAAACACGGCUAUGAGAAGUACAAUUCCAUGCGCGCCGACCCCACCCUGUGUUUUUUGGAGCGGGUGGGCAUGCCUGACGCCAAGGCUAUCGCUGCCGAGCAGAGGGGCACCGAUUUGAUGGCAGAUGGUGCUGAAGGUGAGGAUGAGGACCCAGAAUACAAGCCCCUCCGGAUGCCUUUUAAGGAUGAAAUGGACGACUUCACCAACUCUCCACUGGAUGACAAAGAUGACAUUGGGGAGGGUGAAGCAGAGGGUAAAUCUGCUGAAAAUGGUCAAGGUGUGCUGUCCAUGGGUGGCGCUGCAGGUUCCAGCGAGCGGCUCUAUUGGCCUGCGGCUUCGGCUCUGACGGCGCGCCUGCGCCGGCUCAUCACUGCCUACCAGCGUUCCAAUCGCCGGGAGCAGCUGCGCCAGGAGGCCCUGAACAGACCCGACGGUCGCAGACGACGGCGCCGGGACUUCCUACCUGCCAUCACCAUGGUUACUGAGGCAGGAGGAACGGCAGCAGCCUAUAUCCAAGAUCCGACCACAGUGUUCAUGGCUGAAGGAAGCGCCUAUCUAGCUAAAGGAAGUGCGUAUUUUGCUAAAGGUGGGCAGUUCAUGUCAGAGGAGUCCCCAGUGAUGACCACAAAUUCCUUGAUGAAUGAUGGCGCCAUGUACUAUAAAGAAAGAAGACAAAGAUGGACGCGUCGUGAGGAAGCUGACUUUUACCGUGUCGUGUCGACUUUUGGAGUCAUCUUUGACACCCAACGUCAGAAAUUUGACUGGAUGCAGUUCAGAGCCUUUGCCCGAUUGGACAAGAAGACGGAUGAGAGCCUGGAGAAAUAUUACUACUCCUUCAUCGCAAUGUGCAAAUGCGUCUGCCGCAUGCAGGUCAAGAGCGACACAGAGCUCUCCGACCCAUCGCUGAUCAUAGAUCCCAUUACGGAGGAACGUGCUUCCCGCACCCUCUAUCGCAUUGAGUUGCUUCGUCGCAUCCGGGAACAGGUGCUCCCCCAUCCUCUGCUCUCUGAACGCCUUAAACUCUGCCAGCCCUCUCCAGACCUCCCAGAGUGGUGGGAGUGUGGCCGCCACGACAGGGACCUCCUCAUCGGGGCCUCUAAGCACGGCGUGAGCCGGACUGAUUAUCACAUCCUGAACGACCCCACCUUGGCCUUCCUGGAGGCGCACCAGCGCUUCACCAGCCAACGAGGGACCGUGGUUAACAUGGGAGAACUUGCCAAAGCCGGGAUAGAAACAGCUGAAAGCGCCUCCACAGCGCUCCUCACGUCUGCAGAGCUGGCAAGUGCUGCAUCCGCCGUUAAGAUGGCCAUUCAUACAGUUAAAGAGGAGGCAGCUGAUGGAGUCCAGGUGAAAAUGGAGCAAGACAAGGCUGCGGCUGAGGUCAAAACGGAGGCUGAGGAAGAGGAUGGCAAUGGUGCACUGUGCAUAAAGACUGAAACUGCUGAAGAAAUGAAAAAUGAGACCGAGGUUCUGGGUGACAAACGAGCCGCAGUGACAAAAGUUCAAGAAGAAGGCAAGACUCUGCCAAAAAAAGAAAACCAGGAGAGCUGUGAGAUGAAAGAGACUAGUUUGAAGCCAACGGAUGACCAAGACAAAGAAGUCAUGGAAGGGAAGACAAGUGUAGCUCCAGUUGAAGCUUCAAUCGAGCAGAUUACACAGAAGUUCCCGGAAGAAGCUCAAGCACAAACGGGCCACACGACGACCACAGAGAAGGAAGACCAAGCAGAGAAGCAGGACUGCAAGUCUGCUAAAUCUCCAAAGUCUCCAGACACCGAGAAAAGCCCAGAAGAGGAAGAGGAGGACAGGAUGGAUGAAGAUGACAAAUCAGAGAAAUCCUCGAUGGCUGAAGUGAGUGCUGCGUCCGAGCAGAAGAACUUUGAUGAAGAGAGUAUCGCGUCUUUGAGCACGUCGGCUCGAGAUGAAACCAGAGAUGGGUUUUGCCCCGAUGACCUAGUGGAAUCUUCUGCUCUGCAGGCCUUGGGGGACAGAAAUUACGUCUACGCACUCUGGCCUAAGGAUCGUGUGAUGAUUAACAGGAUGGACAACAUCUGUGAAGCCGUCCUGAAGGGCAAGUGGCCUGUCAACAGACGCCACAUCUUUGACUUUCCUAGCAACAUGCUGCCUGGACAUGUCUCCACCAUGACCACGGCGGCGGUAGCCACAUCAACAGAGAGUCCGCUGCAGAGGCGGAGCUUGGGCGAGCUGGCCAUGACUGGGAUCCACGCCCCUUACAGCGGGAGUGAAGAUAAGACGCUUUCCCCGCAGGUUCAUGACAAUGCUCUGGGUCUAACGGUGCCUCGGCAGAGGAGGAGAAGGAGGAGGAAGAUCGAGAUUGAGGCAGAAAGAGCAGCCAAGAGGCGCAACCUGAUGGAGAUGGUUGCCCAGCUGAGAGAGAGCCAUGCCACCAUGGAGUCCCAGAGCCAGGCCAUAGAUCUCACCAAGGGUGUGCAGCACAAGGCUUCUCCAUCGUUGGCUGGCUUCCCCAGCGCUCUGGUCACCAACCCCUCUUUCAAGGCCCAAAUGGAACUGCUGCAGCAAGCCCCGCCCUCCGGACACAGAGCCAAUGGUUCGCUGGAGGCUGACCUACCGAUGAUGAGGAGGAGGCGGGGCCGCAGGAAAAAUGUUGAGGGCCUGGAGCUGCUGUUUAUGUCUAACAAAAGAGCUGGAAGAGGGGAUGAUGGUGAUGGGGCCAAGGUUUCAGGUGUGGAAGGGCUCCGGGAUGCCGCUCGUGCCCAUAGACCCCUGGCUGUCUCGGAGCAGAGUCCCAGUGGGAGAUCUCUUGCGUCUGGCAGCGUGGAGGAGGAAGAGGCCACAGUUUCCAACAAAGAGCUGGGGGAGUGGCUGAGGCAGCACCCCACGUACACUAUGGACAUGGCUGGAUUUACACCAAAGAAUGAAGAGUUGCUGCUGUCUCAGUUCUCCAAACCCAAGCAGAAACGUCAUCGCUGUCGAAACCCCAACAAGAUUGACAUCAACACCCUGACGGGAGAUGAGAGAGUGCCUGUGGUCAACCGCCGUAACGGACGCAAGAUGGGAGGGGCCAUGGCUCCACCAAUGAAGGAACUUCCCAGAUGGUUACUGGAAAACCCGGAAUUUUCAAUUGCGCCUGACUGGACAGAUAUUGUCAAACAGUCGGGUUUUCUCCCAGAAGCUAUGUUUGACCGGCUGUUGACGGGUCCCGUCGUCAGGGAGGAGGGCGUCCGUCGUCGCGGACGGCGACCCAAAUCUGAGAUAGCGAAGGCGGCGGCCGCUGCCCAAGUAGCCGUGGCUCAGGCUGCCCAGGCGUCGCUGGCCACAGCUGCUUCCUCUGCAGGAGGCAUCAAUCCUCUGCUGCUCAACAGCCUGUUUGGAGGAAUGGACCUGUCGUCCUUGCAGAGCCUCCAGUCUCUCCAGCUGGCUGCUGGUCUCAUGGCUUUCCCUUCACCUUCUGAUCCCAAGCAGGCCGCCGCCUCCAUGCUGCCCCUCAUGCUGCCCGGCAUGGGAGCUCUCCCCAACAUGUUCAGCCUGGGCGGCCUCUUUGGUAGCAACUUGGCCACCACCGGCACCGCUUCCAACACCACGGCGGCAUCGGCAUCAGGGAAUGCCAACGGAACCACCGAUGGGGACGUGGAAGAAGGAGGUGAAGAAGCCACAAAGAGGAAGAGAAAGGAGGAGGAGGAGGAGGAGGUGGUGGUGGAGCAGAAGGAGAUGGCAGAUGAUGGGACUGAAGGCAACAACGUCACAAAGAACAACAUCCAGAAAGAUGACGAGGAAGGUGAAGAGAACGUGGAGAAAUCCCAAAGCGCUGCCCCUCAGAUGCCAGCUGCUGAUUCUCCGGCCGCCACCUCCAUCAACAGCGAAGCCGCUUCUCUGCUGGCCGCCGCCGGCAUGUCUGCCAACUCUCUGGCGUUUAAUCCUUUCCUCCUGUCCACCAUGGCCCCCGGCCUCCUCUACCCCUCCAUGUUCCUUCCUCCUGGCCUGGGAGGACUCAGUCUGCCUGGCUUCCCCACCUCCUCCACCUUGACCGACCUCCAGAGCGCCAUGGGUGUGCUGGGGGGCAACGCCGCCACCACCACCAGCCCUUCAAAGGACGACGACAAGGUGGAGACGACGGUGGAGGAGGAGGAGGAGGAAGAGGAGGUGCGAGGAGGCGAGAGUGACUUGGUGGGGCAGAACGUGGCUGCCAGGGGGCCCACAAGCCAAGCUGAGGUAUCCAUGGUGGGGGAGGGGGGAAUGGUAGGUGAUGAGGAAGAGGAGGGGGCGUCUCCAAGGGAGAAGGACUAGUGACACCAAUAAAACCUGAAAUCUAAUUCCCCCCCCACCACCACCACCACCACCACCUUAACACACCUCCACCAUCAACUAGCCUGUUUUCUUUUUCUGGCUUUUACUGAUUUGUUCUUGUUUGGCAUUUCCUGUGUGUCAGUGAGGCGCGGGGGGGUUCAAGUGAAAUCUUUGAGUGUAGUCAGGGAAAAAUCAGACUGUUGGCCAGUUUGCAUCUCCACUCUCAAAUAGGACUUCGAGUUCCAGUAGUGCUAUUAAUACUUGUAGUAUUAUUAUUAUUAUUGUUCAUCAUUAUUGUUAUUGCUGAGCUCAGCAUGCAAACUUUUUUUUUUUUUUUUGUCCAGCCUGCUUGUUUUUUCGGGCAGCCUCUCGUCUUAAAGGCUGGUGUGGUGGAGCUGCUGGGGGGUGUUGGAGUUCCCCCACGUCUCUCUCUCUCUCUCUCUCUCUCACACACACACACACACAUACACACACACACACAGACAAUCUACAGCCUACCACUACACUGAAGCCCUAAAUACCCCCCGCCCCCAAUGCUGCCCUGAUACUGUUAAGCCAGUCACACACACUGUUUGAAACCCAUUUCCAGUCUUUCCACUGCUAGCCUUCAGUCCUCGGAAGGGACGUUCGUAGCACAGAGGAGGUAGACUGGGUCUGCCCCGCCAGUACACCAACCGCCCACCCCCACCCCGGAUUGACUCUUUGCACGGGACGUUCCUCACCUUUGAACAUCGCCACCUGCUAGCUUCCCCGUGCAUGCUGCUCCCGUCUGGUGAAGACUAGUUAGUCACACACUGAUGCUACAAACACAACACAAGUUCACACUUCUUUCCUUUUUCAUUUCAUUUGUUGGAAAAGCAAGAAGCGGCGCUUGAAUUGUUUCCUUUUACAAAUGUGCUGAGAUGGAUAUUUGAAAGUCCGUUCAUACAUCCUCUCAUGCGCGUCUCCUGUCUGUGAUGCUGACACAGCAAUAACCAAGGCAGCUUUUGAAUGUUCCCACAUAACUCGCCCAGCACACACACACACACACACACACACACACACACACACAGACUAUGAAUAAACCACAAGUGUCG